AUUAAGGCAUGGCCGCGUGUUGUUUCCCGUGAAUCGCUUUUAUAAAUCAUCCACCCUCCUCUCCUCCCAACUGAAUCCCUUCCCUCCUCUCCCUUUCUCUCUCUACCUUCUCGCUCUCCCUCCUCCCAAACGAUAAAUAAAAGCACUUUCUUUUCUCUUCUUCUCUUUUUCCUCUCAUUUUCUUCUGGCUCCUCUGCAAUCACUCCAAAGUUUCCAACUUUCGAUGGCCUCUUUGAUACCAAACCUCGAACCCAACCCUGACACGUCACCAGAGUUUCAACGGAAGAAACGGAGGAAAACGGAAAAAAGGCCAGGUUCUUUUGACCGCAACCAAGGCAACCAAAGAAUCAAGCGAUGGCAAACCGAACGAGAGCAACAGAUCUACUCCACCAAGCUUAUCGAAGCUCUCCGUCGUUCUCGUCGGAACUCCUCUUCGGCUGCCGGCAAGGAAGUUCGUGGCACUGCGGACAGAGUCCUCGCCAUCUCGGCCAAGGGAACGACGCGCUGGAGCAGAGCGAUUCUUACCAGUGGACUCAGUGCCGGCGCCAAGAUGAGGAAACAUAAGAAAGCGAACAUCAACGCCAAUAGAAGGUUGAGGAAGCCUAAGAUUAACAAAGAAAAGAGAAAAUUGCCGGUCUUCAAGAGGAAGUUGAUGGUUUUGGGACGUCUUGUCCCCGGUUGCCGGAAACUAUCUUUCUCGAACCUUCUGGAAGAAACUAGUGAUUACAUAGCGGCUUUAGAGAUGCAAGUUCGAGCCAUGACGGCUAUUACCGAGUAUCUCGCCGGCAGCAGUGGCGGUGAAUUGCAGCCGCCGGCUGAUCGGCUUGGCUCUAACGUCAACUCGUAGAAAAAAAUCCGUAAAAAGGUGUUUAUUAGUAUUUUUUUUUUUUUGGAAACUUUGUUUUUUAGUGAAAUUUUUAAAUUUGUGUAUUUUAUUGUAUACAU